GGAACUUUUCAUAUUUUUAUCUCUUUUUUACUCCAUACAACUUACCUAUUUUAAAAUUAAAAUUUAAGUCAAAACAACAAUAUUUCAUUUCUUCCGUCAACAUUUGAACCAUUGAUUUUUUUUCAUAAAACUCCAUUUUGAAACCGAAAAACUUGUUGUGGAACUUCUGUACUCUAGAGUGGGGAUGGAUCUUUGCCCAUUAUCGCGCCCAUCUCCGGCGGCUCUUCUCCGGCAAGGUCAAAGUUCAAAUUUUUUCUCGUGCAAUGCGGGGCCGUCUUUUCCCCACGCAAGAUGCGCUCUGAAUCCCAGCUGCGGUAUAGGGGAGGAAACCCAGGUCAAAGGUCGAAUGUUCAUUUUAGGAAUGGGAUUUGUUGGAGAGUUCUUCGCUGCAGCUUUGAAGAGCAAAGGAUGGGCAGUAUCUGGAACUUGUACUAGCGCUGAAAAGAAGAAGAGACUGGACGAAAUGGGACACCACGCAUUUGUCUUUGAUGCCAAAAAUCCAUUGUGAGGCUUACUCUAACCCUAAUUCUGUUGGAUUUCUUC